AGAGUUAUGUAUGACAUAUUGCUCUAAAGAUUUUUGGAAUAAAGACAUGUGUUGGUUAUCUUAUCUUGAAGAAACUAAAUGGCUCAGCUAUGUGCAGAGAUGCCUCAAACAAGCUGUACGAAUUGUAAAAAUGAUGACCUGUGAGAAAACAUCGGUAAUUCUCAAAGAACCUAAAAGUCGUGAUAUAAGCUGUUUACUGUCAUGCUUGGUGCAGCUUUUAUUUGAUCGUCAUUAUCGAACCAUUUUAGGAUUUCAAUCCCUUAUUCAACGUGAGUGGGUUUCCAUGGGACAUCCUUUUCAAGAACGUUGUGGCUUUGUUAAUGUUCCUGGUUCUGAGAGUCCAGUCUUCCUUUUAUUUUUGGAUUGUGUUUGGCAGUUGACUAUCCAAUUUCCUGUACAAUUUGAAUUUACCGAGACUUACUUGACUGUCCUUUGGGAUAGUCUCCAUACUGGACUCUUUGGAACAUUCUUAUUCAGUUGCCAGCAUCAGCAUGUACCUGAGAAUUGUAAAUCUAUGAAUCAACGAUGUGGUAAUUCUGCUACGAACAUAUCAGAAUCUUGCUUGCCCUCUAUUUGGAGAAUGUUAGCAAAUGCAAACCAUAAAACAUUAUUUUAUAAUCCAUUAUAUGUUAUAUAUAAUAGCCAGAUUUGUUGUGAUCUUGCAAACUCAAUUAAAGAAACAUAUGUAUCAAUGAAGGACCAGAUUCUCUAUCCACAAAUAUCCUUAACUAAACUUUGGGCUCAGUGUUAUAUUCGCUGGCUUUUUCCUGGACAAAUAAAUGCAGGUGGGAAAAUAUCAGUAUAUUUGCAACAAUGCUUAUUGGUGGAAGAAAUUUUUACACUGCAAAACCAGAUCAGCAGUUUAUCAAAAGGAGAGGCUAGUAAGAAAUCUUUUCCUGAUAGUAACCUUGUUUUUGCCUCUUCACUUGCUGAUGUAACCAGUAAAAUCACUUCUUCUUUUCCAUUUUCUGAUAGACGAAGAAUUUGCAUGUAUGCUAAUGACUCUUCACUUCCUCAUCUUUCACUUAACAUAUAUAAACAAAGCAGUAAAAUUAUUUCACCCAGCAUACAAGUUACUACUGCAGAGAAAUCUGCUGAUCAAUAACAUAAAACAUUGUGACUAUCUUUUUCCAGCAAAAGAUAACUUUGUAAAUUACUUUACAAAAAGGUUUUAUGCAUAAAGUUGGUUAUUUAAUC